ACUGAGCACAGUAGAUUCAAUUGCUUUUCGACAGUAAAUUUAAUUUACUAAAAAAAUAUUAAAAUGAAUUAUUUCUAUACAUCCAGCAUUACAAUAUGGAUGCUUGUAGCUAUUAUAAACUUAAAUGUAUCAUCGGUAAUCUCAAAAUUAGUUCCCAUUCAGAAAAGUGAUCCACGAGAAUGGCGUGAAAAUGGAGCGGAAGCCAAUUUCGCUCAAUUCAAUCACAUGUAUGAAAUAAGUAUCAAUGAAGAGUUGUUGAAUAGUGCUAAAUAUUCUACGGGCAAAUGUAAUGCAAUUGACUCGAUAGGUCAAAAGAGUGCACAAAAUUUACCUUACCCUAACCAAUGUGUUGGAUCAUUUUUCUCCUGCCGGUUAGAAAGAGAAACUGAAGAACGGAAAAAAGCCGAAGCGGACUACAUAAACUCAUUUACUACUCAAUGUGUUGUUUCCGAUGUUUCUUUUUGUUUUCGUACAAGUAGCAAAAAUACAGAACGUUAUAAAAAUAUACUACAACACACUGGUAACAUUUGCAAGUGCUUAUGUGAACGAAACGAUAUUUCAAAUCCUGGAAACGAGCGUGGUAAAUUACUUAAUUCCAUUUGUUUUGAUCCCGUUUCAGUUGAUAAUGGAUAUGUUGCAACUGGUGCUAGAUUUAAAAGACACGGUAACAUAAUAUACCUUGAACUCCAACAAGGAAUAUUAUCACAAGGACGAAUUGAUCCAGUAACUCUCAAGUGGACAACUUCAAAUACUUGUAGCUUAAAACAGAAAGUUGUGAAGCGUUUCAAAUUGUAUUAUGUUGAAACCAGAUUGUUGUCCCACUUGCCAAUCGCACUAGAGGAUCUUACUUUAUCAGAAAAUGCAGUUGUCACAGGUGUUAAGUUAGGUGAUUCAUUGCGCGGACGAUAUGUUGAUGACGACGGUAAUAUUAAUAAAAAUGAACCCGAAAUUUUAAAAGAAACUCGAUGCCGUGCAAGUUCUAGUAUAUUCGACUUGUUCCGUCCUACUAUAGAUCUUCUGCCAUCCACAGCUUUAAUAGGAAAUGAUAAUUACGAACGCAGUACAUCUUGCGAAUAUAAGAUACUUUUCGAUUUAACCAAAGAGAGUUCUGAUAAUAAGCAACAUAUUGUUCCAUUUGUCGAUUUACAGGAAGUCGUUACCGAUCAAAAUUCACCUCAACCUAUUCACGGAAUCGGUUGGUAUUAUCGCGGUUUUCCUGGUUAUGGAGGAUAUCUGGCUCUUAAGAUUUUCACAAAAGAAUAA